GUUUCGACUUUUUUUUGUCUCUCUGCCGUCUGAACUUCUCAUUUUCAUAUCUUUCCGUUUUGUUAUAAGUUUUGAGUUGUAACUGUAAGUUGUAGGAAGGGAAAGAGAGCGAGUCGAGUGACUGUCCGUCCGUUUAUCAUUUGCUCUCUGCUUGUUAUUUGUUUGUGUUAGAACUUAGACGACGACGACUUAAAUUUAUUUUAUUCCUCUACCUUUACUUUUUGAGGGAGAUCGGCGAGAGAGGGAUCGAAGUCAAAGGAAGGAUAAUCAAAUCUAUCAUUCAAUCCACCACCAGAGGAGAAGGAGAAACCACUACCACCUCUGCAUUAAGAAGAGCUGCGACGGCUGUUUGCCCCAAAAAUCUCCCACCUGCGAGUGCCUCAGUGCCUCUGGGUGUCGUGUCGGUGACUUCCAUUUCUUUUUUAUUUUUAGAAAAGAAAAGAUGAUGGUGAGGAAUAUGGUGAUGGUCAUGUUGUUUGUAACGGUUAUUGCUCCCAUUACUCUUUACACUGAUCGCCUUGCCUCCAUCUCCAUCCAGGCCCCUUCCUCCUCCUCCUCUGGAGACGACGAUUUCGUUGAAGAUGUUACAGCCUUUCCUGCAAAUGCGGCUCAUACUACUGCCCAUCUAAAUCUGCUUCCUCAGGAGUCAUCCACAACCACAAGGCCUAAAGAACCAGUAGGAGUCGUAUAUUCCGACAACUCCACUGAUUCAUUACCAGGGGCAAAGGGGACCUCCGCCCACCCCAAUCACUCUCAUCCACAUCAAGAUGGGCGGUUAGUCGACUCCAUGGAGCAUGUAUCAGCUAGAAUGUUAUCUACCACCACUGACCCGGAUCUGUCUCAAACAUAUGACCCGAUCAGACAGGUCACUAAAACACUUGAGCAAGGAAAUCAGUUUCUGUCCGAGUCCGAUGCCAAAAUAGGAGCUUCUGAGCAAAAUAUCGAUGAUGCCUCUCGGACUAGGGAAACAAAACCUGAGCAACAAUCCACUCAAACCUCCAGCAAGGUUGAUCGAAGAAGACCCACAAAAACUAUGACUGCAAAACAAAAUGAUGAAACGGCCAUCCCAAAUGGACAGGUACGACAUCUUAAAGACCAGCUUAUCAGGGCAAAGGUUUACCUCUCUCUUCCAGCCACAAGAAACAACCCCCAUUUCACAAGGGAGAUUCGGCUGCGGAUAAAAGAAGUUCAAAAAACACUUGGGGAUGCAAGCAAGGAUUCUGAUCUCCCAAGGAACGCCUACGACAAGUUGAAGGCAAUGGAACAGACAUUGACUAAAGGAAAGCAGAUUCAAGACAACUGCGCUGCUAUGGUGAAAAAGCUUCGGGCUAUGCUCCAUUCAAUGGAAGAGCAACUCCGGGUGCACAAGAAGCAGGCUAUGUUCUUGAUGCAAUUAACCGCAAAAACACUUCCAAAGGGACUUCACUGUCUUCCAUUGCGCCUUACCACUGAGUACUAUACCUUAAAUUCUUCUCAGCAGAAGUUUCCCAAUCAAGAGAAAUUAGAAGAUUCCCGGAUGUACCAUUAUUCAUUAUUCUCGGACAAUGUAUUGGCUGCAGCGGUUGUUGUAAACUCAACUGUCACCCAUGCUAAGGACCCUGCAAACCAUGUUUUCCACAUUAUCACUGACAGGCUCAAUUAUGCUGCUAUGAGAAUGUGGUUGGUAAAUUCACCGGGCCAGGCCACUAUUCAGGUUCAAAACACUGAAGAAUUUUCAUGGUUGAAUACAAGCUACAGUCCAGUUAUGAAGCAGUUGGGUUCUGCAUCCAUGAUAGAUUAUUACUUUAGGACUCAUCGGACCAAUUCUGAUUCAAAUUUGAAGUUCCAAAACCCGAAGUACUUGUCUAUCCUGAACCAUCUCCGCUUUUACCUUCCAGAGAUCUUCCCGAAGCUCAACAAAGUUCUAUUCUUGGAUGAUGACGUAGUUGUAAAAAAGGACCUUACUGCUUUAUGGUCCCUUGACUUGAAGGGAAAUGUUAAUGGUGCUGUGGAGAGUUGUGGAGAAAGCUUCCAUCGCUUUGAUCGGUAUCUUAACUUUUCAAAUCCUCUAAUCUCAAAGAAUUUUGAUGCCCAUGCUUGUGGAUGGGCAUAUGGUAUGAAUAUAUUUGAUUUGGAGGAAUGGAAGAAGCAAAACAUCACAGAAGUGUACCACGGAUGGCAGAAGCUGAAUCAUGAUAGACAACUGUGGAAAUUGUGAACGCUACCACCUGGUCUCAUAACGUUUUGGAAACGCACAUACCCACUGGACCGCUCCUGGCACGUGCUGGGCCUUGGUUAUAACCCUAGUGUUAACCAGAAGGAAAUUGAUGGAGCAGCUGUAAUACACUACAAUGGCAACAUGAAACCGUGGCUUGAGAUAGGCAUACCGAAAUACCGAAAUUACUGGGCAAAAUUUGUUGACUAUGAUCAUACGUACAUGCGAGAGUGCAACAUCAAUCCAUAGAAUGGCUCUUGUGGUAAUUUUGAAGUGUUUUGGGCAAUUUGCUAUAAAAUGCCACAGGUUUGCCUUUCUUUCUCGGUAGGAUUAUUUAUUUAUUUUUGGUUCUAAAGGAACAGCUUUAAGGUUAUAUUCUUUCUGUAUACAUUUUGAUUUUUCUUUUCCCUUUAUCGGUUUCAUUUGUUCCUAACUAUGUAUUUCAUGUUGUGUACGAAUACAUUUCUGGUGAAGUCACAUGUACUUGUAAAUUAUUCAUCUUUUCAGGAAUCAGCAUCACCAUAUUAAUAGCA